AUGAAUGAGGCCAACAUAGGCAGGGUGAGUGGGUUCAUCACUCCGAGCUGAACUCCACUACUGCCAGCCCAGGGUUCAACAGGAUGUGUUUAGAAACCAGACUUCCUCAGUCUUAAUGUACGUACAGCCCUGCAUGGCAAUGGGUCCAUGUUUCACAUGAAAAUCACCAAACUCAACAUUUAGGGACAGGUAGAGAUACAAACUCAUAGACUCCACUCUGACCCACAGGAAUGUUUUUAUUUCAUUUUUUAAAUCAAAAUGUCAGAGGAAUCUGUGCCAUUUUUAUACUGCAGGUUGAUUUACCCCUAAACCCCCUUUGUAAUGCCAGUCAUCAAUAUUAUUGUGUACCCUGCCCAGUGAGGUUAUAGUCCUGACUAAGUGAUUAUAGGCAGAGCUUGUUAAGUAAUGCUGUGUGGCCAGAACGGGGGUAUAAUUGCUGCAGAACAUUUUAAAACUGGAGUGAUGUGCAGUAAGGAUCCGGCAGGGAGAAUCUAAAUCCUGUCUUUCCCUUUCGCAAUCCCCUCCCAGCUCUCCACAGCAACAAUGGCUUAACGAGGCGCUCUCUCUGUACCUGCCUGGCCUUACCUAGAAACAGCUUAAUGAGAGGAACCUGGCAGACCUGCUUAUUAUCAACACUGAGAAAUCCUGGCCUCACCUAGUAACAGUCCAUUAAAGCUUACUUUCUCCGUCACAGCUAAUAACAGUCUCCUGAUUCUGACCUGCCCUGAGUAACCUAGUAACAGCCCCUCAGUCUGACCUGGCCCCAUAUCACACAGCAGCAACCUGACAUUUGAACCUGACCUGUACCUUUUACUUAAUAACAAAUGAGUAAGUCCUAGGUUCUGCCCCUUCAUUGUAAUAGAUGAUCAAAUAGGAGCUGCCUGCCUCAUUAUGACCAGUUCUUGUAUUGAUUCUUAGUAGUGUGAGAGGCCAUUGCAUGAGAGCCAAGUGGCGCAGUGGUCUAAGGCACUGCAUCGCAGUGCUAGCUGUGCCACUAGAGAUCCUGGUUCGAAUUCAGGCUCUGUCGUAGCCGGCCGCGACCGGGAGACCCAUGGGGCGGCGCACAAUUGGCCCAGCGUCGUCCAGGGUAGCGGAGGGAAUGGUUGGUAGAGCAUGGCGUUUGCAACGCCAGGGUUGUGGGUUCGAUUCCAGUAUGAGAAAAAAAAAGAUAAUGUAAGUCGCUCUGGAUAAGAGCGUCUGCUAAAUGACUAAAAAUGUAAAUGUUAUCAAAGUAAACUGACUUGAAAGCGAGCUGUGCCACAGAGAGGGAUUUACCAUGUGGUUCAAUUGGAGAAGUGUCAUGGACCACUCACCUCUUGAGCUGCAGAAUGUGGAUGCACGCACGCACACACACACAGAGUGAGAGAAAGUGUUUACAAUUCUGCAUCUCUCAAUUAACCUUUUGAGUUGUGUUGUGGUUCACACCAAUAUCCAGGACUGGCCUCACGUGAUGUUUCUGAAGGCUAUGGAGAGGAAAUUGGGUCAAUUCAGGCUAUGGGAGUAGAUGUGUGUUGUUUUUGAGUGGGCGGACUCAGCAAGGGGCCACAAUAGUCUCUGACUGUGAAAGCAUUAGCGACCUCUCCACUCACUUCACUGUGAGGAACUGUAGCAGGCUGUCUGUGAACGAUUGUAACCAACAGUCAGUGAGUCCGUUAUCUCUUUUGAUUUUAACUGGCUGUCUGAGAGAGCAUGUGUGUGGCUUAUAGGUCCUUUGACUAAUAUGCUGUGGGAUGAAUUAAUGAUAGGUUGACUUUCCUUUCUGUGUUUCUAGCAGUAUGACAUUGCCGUGAGGUCAAGUCAGAUCUUACAGUACCUUUUUAUAUGGAUUAGGCCUAGAUACCGGUUUGUACUGGAUUGAAGUCCCCUCAAUGACCGUCAAGGACUUUCUGAGGGAGGUAUUAUUAAUAGGCAUUGAGUGCUAUAGGACAUUUAUGUAGUGUCUAUCUCCAUUUUUACAUAUGACAACAUGUUCCUGGGAUAUAUUGGUUAUGACCAGGGAGAAGCGGGUGGGAGGGUUGUCUCAUGCCUUACGUUCCACAGAUUUAUUAAUACAUCCGGUUUAUGCAUGGUGCUCACAUUACACUUGCGUCAUACUAAUUUGUCUUAUGUUUCCCUUCUUUUUCAGCAAAUCUGUACAGUCAAAUGUGGACAAUAUUUUGGUGAGUCUUCCUUGUCAUAAAGCCUUUAACCACAAUGCAUGCUCUGUUCACAAUUGUUAAACUUUUCCCCCCAAUAUUUAAGGUAUGUUUUUGACUUGAAUAAGGUAAGGUACAUUUUAGGUUUCUGAAAUGUAAUCUCUGUGCUUCUCACCUCCUCGCCAGUGUCGUGAGACUAUGUUAAAGGAUGCAGCAUUGAGAUCUACUCUGUCUGUAGUAUUUAAGCAGGUGGUCCCAUGUUUGACUUAUUUAUACCACACUUGAUAUCAGAGCUGAAAGUAGCCCCGUUAUGAAACAGUUUGCUGACAGCCAUUGCUGACCAAAAAAUACUGCUCAGUCCUGUUGAAUGAUCUCACUGAAACUCCACUAACCCAUUUCAUCUUACAUAAUGAGUCCUAUAGUUAUACUACACAGUAUUAGGCUCGUAAUGGUCUCCAGAAGAUGGGAUGAAAUGAUUUACCUCGUUGUGCUUGGUGUUGUAACGAAAACAGUGGUCAUGUCCCUUUGUCGUGUAGGCCGUCAUUGUAAAUAAGAAUUUGUUCUUAACUGACUUGCCUAGUUAAAUAAAGGUUAAAUAGAGGUUAAAUAAACUAAUAAACAAUUGUCAUCACUUGAUCUUUUUAGACCUUUGUGUUUUUGCUCAUAGGUUCUGGCCUUCAACUGAAAUUCAAUCAACCACGGUGUGAUUGAACAUUAAUAAUAAUAAUAAUAAUAUGCCAUUUAGCAGACGCUUUUAUCCAAAGCGACUUACAGUCUAUCAUCUAAAACCCAACUUGAGAUACUUGAACAUAACUCAGUCAAACGUUCACACAAAUCUCCUAUUGACAUCUGCAGCACAUGGUUUACCUGAAAGUUCAAGAUGUUUACGUGUGUUCAUGUGAGGAUUUGGCCCUAUGUACUGUAAUUGACCAAGUAUAGAAAUAUUAUGCCCGUCAAUAGAGAUGGGUGCUAUACAACACUGAGGUAAGAUCCAGUGCAUUGCCAUUCCCAGCAGGAGAGGCAGGAGACUGAGCAGAGGUCAAGGCUACACUCUAGUUACUCUGGGAAACCUGCUGUGUUUACUUUAUUCAAUACUGCAGGCUGGGCUUCAGCUUGUCAGAGGUGUAUCUUACCAAGAGGUAUGUUGAGGAUAGACAGCUAGACCUGUCAAAGCUAUCAAAUCACCCACCACCACUGCCACAUUGUAGCCUACGUUUUGCACUCAGGCUACACAUAUAAGGAGGUCAACGAGUGUUUGUCCUCAUUGACCUGCCUUGUCCCUCUCUCCUCCUCAGUGAAAGGGGACCACAAUCCCAGUGGUUAAAGUCUUGUCUCGUGUACUGUUAAGUGCAGAGUACAGAAUCCCUGGAGCCCCAAAGUUUCACACAAAUCUCCAUGUUCGUGGCAGGUGCCAGAGUCAGCAAUACACGCAUGAGCUCCCGUACUCCAGUCAGCUUUACAGUGCUAAAUGUUGCAAUCUCACACGCCACCUUGCAUCAGCUGCACUCAUUAAAGGUUUAUGCCUUCAGUUGUAUUCCACAAGGGUCUCUGUUCUCUUACGUUGUUCAAUUCCGACAGACUUUAUUUUAUUUUCCUCUUAAGGAUUUCUAGAGGACAUGGGAAAGCACUAGCGUCUAAUAUUAACCCCACUAUCUCCCUCUGUUUUAAUUUACAGAUGUUGAACAUGUCAGCGGUGGUGAUAAGUAGAACACACAUCAAUAAUGAAACUUGUGUUGAUACUCUGGUUGUUUCCUGCCUCAGACUGUGUCUUAUGGAGAUGGGAGAAUGCUCUCUGGGGAGAGAUGGCCGUUUUAGUCUUUCAGUGGAGUGAGUGGUAUAACCCAUCUGUGUGUUUGCUGAAUCACUAAUGCCCACGCUCCACUAGUAAUGUCUUAAUAAUAUUACUAGUCUUCCACGAUCAGGGUCUGCAUGAGGCAUCUCUUUCUGGUGUCUGGCCUCAUCUCAAACUGAUUCUGUUCAGAUGUCCUCAGUUAGCUGCCCUUUGUGUGAAUAUUCAUUCGCCAUAGAGCUUUGGGUUUAGUUGGAAGACUCAGAGACAGGUCAGUGGUUCUUGUGAUGUGAGAGAGAGGUCGUCUGCCAGGUGGUUGAGACAGAGUAGAUAACGUACAGUAACAAGCCAAUGUAACCAGAGGCUUAACCCGUUUCCUCUAACAGCUUUCAGUUUCUCUGAGACUCAUCACAACCAAUCAGGUUUUCCCUUCAUGUCUAGCUCAUUCUCCUAAAUGGUAUCAGACUCGGUAAUAAUGUUGUCGGGUUGACGCCAUAGCUCAGUUUUGCCGACGCAUAGCAUAGCAUAGCUAGUUGUGUAACUGCCAUCAUUUCUGAACUUGUCUUUCAUCCAAAAGAAGCUAUAGUAGUUGGCGCCAGAAUACAACCAGUCUAUAAAUGUUCUGUUGAUGUUGUUGGUACCGAGGGGACUGAUAUACGAUUAGGGAUGGUGGUGGAUGGGUAUUUAACAUUGGCCGUGUGAAGGUGCAGGGGAGUGUAGACUGUCUGCUGACACUGACUCAUUUAGGAUUGUCAUCCGAGUGUGUACACUUGCCCCUGCCAAGGGUGCUGUUUGCUGUAGUUUGUAGGGUCUUCAGACUCAGGCCAGUCAAAGUGCAAAUGGAGUUCAGAGAUGUAAGGUCUAUGAGUGGCUGAAGUUGAAUGACUGCAGAAGUAGGGCUGGGCGAUAUGGAACUAAUUUGAAUGUGUGUUUUAGUGCGAUGUUCCAAAUGCCUGUAUCACAAGAAUCGAGAUUUAUAUAUUUUUCAGUUUUUAUGAGCAUUUUGUCUUUUUGGUCUCGUCUCCUUCGCUCCUUCUCUGCGUGUGCACUGUGCACCUUCCCACUCCCACACAGACACCAAGCCCCUCCUCCUUCUCUGCGUGUACACUGUGCACCUUCCCACUCCCACACAGACACCAAGCCCCUCCUCCUUCUCUGCGUGUGCACUGUGCACCUUCCCACUCCCACACAGACACCAAGCCCCUCCUCCUUCUGUGCUGUGUGCACUGUGCACCUUCCCACUCCCACACAGACACCAAGCCCCUCCUCCUUCUGUGCUGUGUGUACCGAAAGAUCUCUUCAACCUCUCUGACAACAAGCAGUUUCAACUUGCUAUUUGCGUUUGAGGUUUGGUCCAACAGAAUUGGUCGAUUCCCCUUCUAACGAUGACCUUUUGUCUCAACUCCCAAAAUGUAGAACAGAGCAGACCCUACUAAAACUUUGAUACUGAACUAAUUACCAGUGGUAAUGAAAGUAAACCAUGGCCAACAGUGAGGGAUCUUGGACACCCAAGCAGUGAUGACUACUGGUAUCCAUAUACAGUAACAGUCAAAAGUUUGGACACACCUACUCAUUCCAUGGUUUCUCUUUAUCUUUACUAUUUUCUACAUUGUAGAAUAAUAGUGAAGACAUCAAAACUAUGAAAUAACACAUAUGGAAUCAUGUAUUAACCCAAAAUGUGUUAAACAAAUCAAAAUAUAUUUUGGAUUCUUCAAAGUAGCCACCCUUUGCCUUGACAGCUUUGCACACUCUUGGCAUUCUCUCAACCAGCUUCACCUGGAAUGCUUUUCCAACAGUCUUGAAGGAGUUCCCACAUAUGCUGAGCACUUGUUGGCUGCUUUUCCUUCACUCUGCAGUCCAACUCAUCCCAAACCAUCUCAAUUGGGUUGAGUUCAGGUGAUUGUGGAGGCCAGGUCAUCUGAUGCAGCACUCCAUCACUCUCCUUCUUGGUCAGAUAGCCCUUACACAGCCUGGAGGUGUGUUGUGGGUCAUUGUCCUGUUGAAAAACAAAUGAUAGUCCCACUAAGCGCAAACCAGAUGGGAUGGCAUAUCGCUGCAGAAUUCUGUGGAAGCCAUGCUGGUUAAGUGUGCCUUGAAUUCUAAAUAAAUCAUUGAGUGUCACCAGCAAAGCACCCCAACACCACCUCCUCCAUGCUUCACGGUGGGAACCACACAUGUAGAGAUCAUCCGUUCACCUACUCUGCGUCUCACAAAGACACGGCGGUUGGAACCAAAAAUCUCAAAUUUGGAUUCUUAAGACCAAAGGACAGAUUUCCACCAGUCUAAUGUUCAUUGCUCGUGUUUGCUUGGCCCAAGCAAGUCUCCUCUUCUUAUUGGUGUCCUUUAGUAGUGGUUUCUUUGCAGAAAUUCGACCAUAAAGGCCUGAUUCACGCAGUCUCCUCUGAAGAGUUGAUGUUGAGAUGUGUCUGUUACUUGAACUCUGUGAGGUGCAAUCUGAGGUGCAGAUAAUUGCCUAUUUCUGAGACUGGUAACUCUAAUGAACUUAUCCUCUGCAGCAGAGGUAACUCUGGGACUUCCUUUCCUGUGACAGUCCUCAUGAGAGCCAGUUUCGGUAUAGCGCUAGAUGUUUUUUUCGACUGCACUUUAAGAAACUUUCAAAGAUCUUUAAAUUUUCCGUAUUGACUGACCUUCAUGUCUUAAAGUAAUGAUGGACUGUCGUUUCUUUGCUUAUUUGAGCUGUUCUUGCCAUAAUAUGGACUUGGUCUUUUACCAAAUAGGGCUAUCUUCUGUAUACCACCCCUACCUUGUCACAACACAACUGAUUGGCUCAAACGCAUUAAGAAGGAAAGAAAUUCCACAAAUUAACUUUUAACAAGGCACACCUGUUAAUUGAAAUGCAUUCCAGGUGACUACCUCAUGAAGCUGGUUGAGAGAAUGACAAGAGUGUGAAAAGCUGUCAUCAAGGCAAAAGGUGGCUACUUUGAAGAAUUUCAAAUAUAAAAUAUAUUUUGAUUUAUUUUAUACUAUUUGGGUUACUACAUGAUUCCAAAUGUAUUAUUUCAUAGUUUUGAGGUCUUCACUAUUAUUCUACAAUGUAGAAAAUAGUAAAAAUAAAGAGAAACCCUGGAAUGAGUAGGUGUGUCAAACUUUUGACUGUUACUGUAAAUAUAGUUGAGAAUUUGUGUUGGACUUUGAUUAUAGUCUGGUUUGUAGAGUAUUUGGAAAACAUUGACUUGCCUUUACUUCUACUUUGGAAGUGUGCUGUGUGAAGUAGUGGGGCUUGUCUGGCAGCAGCAGGGUGUGAUGUCCUGUGCUCCGCAAGUGAAGGACCACUAGGAAUCAUCGCUCCUUUGUCUGACAGAGGGUGUGUAACGUAGCCCAGCGUGUCUGUUUUACUCUCUUCCACUCCAUCAGACUCUCGUUCUAAAAAGGAGAGUCCAGUUGGCUCCACGACGUCUGUCUGUCUGCGAGCCAUUUUUAUUUACCCCCCCAUCGCUAACGCUGCUCAGUGGCUGAUAACUUUAGCCAUUGGUGCGCUCCCAUUCCCCUAGCAACAAAGAGGCGAAUAGAAAAGACGGAGGGGCGAAUGCGUCUAUUCUUAUAAACCAAUUGAACAGGGGUGGGGAGCAGUGUGUUGGUAGUGUGUGUACGUACGCAGUGUGUGUACGCUGUGGCUAUGUUCGGCGGGGGCUGCUGACCACUCCGCUAGCAGAGGCCAGUUCAGGGGAAAGGGUUAACGGCAGGAGAUUUCAGUUUAGCUCACAGUCUGCCGGCGCUGCGCACAAACCGAUCCCCCAGCUCCGCUGAUGGCUGUCUGGCUCUGUGCACUCAUGCUGUCAAGACACGCUUGUCAGCAUCUCUGUGUGUUUGUGUGUGUGUUUGAGUGUUUGUCCCCUCCCUGCUAUGGCACCCAGAGCUUCUCUUUAUGAUCAUGUGUUGGGUGUUUAGCUCUUUUCCAUAACGUUGGUGUCAGAGAUGCUGCUCUGGAAAUGUUUGGCUGUCCACUGCAGUCUGCACCACAAUGUAAACCACUGGUCUGGUGGUCUGAUGUCCCCUAGCAUUGGUCUCCUACAGCAGACACCAUGAAAACAAAAGCUUGUUUACGUGAGCUUAACUGCCCGCUCUGCUAGCCCCCGGAUUAGGUAUUCCUCGGAUUAUUGCUACCUCCGAUGACUUCCUCUAUGGGGGGUUGGGUGGGUCAUUAAAAUUCCAUGGGACUGUCUGUAUCCCUUCUGCUUUUAGAUGUUGUCGUUGUGGUCUCUCAAUCGGUCUUGAAAGUAAAUAAACAUCAUUAUUAAUUUGUGUUUGUCUCUGAUUUAAUUAAAUUUUUUGAGAUAACAAGUAGGUGCUAGAAAAAACAAUCGCACCACAUGUUGGUUACUGUUUUAAAACUGUGAUUAUUGUGUAGUAGACAGAGGCACCAUGGCCCCUUCAGAUGAGGAUGUUGUUUUUGGGUGCUAAAGCUCUACUACGGUGCAGCUCAUCAAGAAUCCAGAACGUGAUGUGUGAGCCCCCUCCUCCCUGCAGGGCCCUCCCGCUCUGUGUUGGAGAGUUGUGCCUGGAGCCAAAGUCUCUCGUCUGCCGCCUUCUACUCCAGCAGAAUUUAAAUCACUCCUGCCCCGCCCUAUCAUCUUCCCUAUUCCCUUUGAAGCAGCUAGUUGGAGAGGGUUGUUUGUCGUUUGUAGCUCUGGGCCCAGUCAUCCUCCAAACACUGAACUGGGUUGGGUUCAACUAGCACCCACCAUCCAUUGUAGUACUGGGGUAGAGAGAGGGUGAGAUAUACAGAUUGUGCUUUUAUUUAUUUUUCGUGCCUGUGUAUGAGCCAAUGUGUUUCACAGCUGAGCUUAGCUGUGUGUGUGCAUGUGCAUGCGUGCCAGCACGUUUCAAAGCUUGCCUAUGUGUGAUUGAGGGGGAAGGUUUAAGCGAGAAACAGUGAGUAAGAGUGCAAGUGUGAUCCAGUGCUUGCUUGUUUGUUUACUGUUGUAAGUUGUACUUAUCUGUGGCAUGUUUGGCCACUUGUCGUGCUGUUGUUGUGGUGCUAAUGCACUGUCCAGGCGGUGAGUGGAUGUGGUCACUGAGCUGUGGAGGUCAGAUCAGAUCAUGGCGUGACACAACCCCAAAGAUCCUAUGUCAUGACAUCUGUGAGACCCAGUGCUGCACAUGCCAGACCCUCUGCCCCCGUGCCAAAACCCUGCAAACACAAAUACCAGAUUUAGGCUACCUCAUCAUCUCCUCUGUUUUGGUGGGGACUUUUUGGCAUGCUGUCCAGUCACUCAGUGAAAUAGCUUCCAAAUACUGAAACCAUUCUCUCAGUUAAUGUUUGUUGAUGUGUUGUAAAACAUUGGGUAGCUGGGCUACACCCCUAAGGCAUCUGUGUGACACCCUAAUCAUCUGCAUUCACAUGGAAAAGUCUGCCUCCAGCAUUAUUUGGCUAACCGUAAUGAACUGUCUAAAAGCAGUCUGCUUGUUAGGUUAGCAGGUAUCAGUGCUUGUUAAAGUCAUAACACUGACCCACGGUAGCUGUAACAACCCCCUCUGGAUAUUGCAGGGCUCCAUCACCUCGUAUUUAUCCUAAUGUUCCUUCAAGGUAUCUGUUAGGGUGUUUUCACAUAUAGUCCUCUUUAAAAGAACAGAUAUCAUAUGUCUCAUGUUGUCUUCUCACACUAUUCAAACCCCAUAAUCUAAUUAUGAAGCUCUCUUAGCCUAUAGAUCACACAUUUCAAACAAAUAAUCUGAACUAAAAACUCCACACAUAUUUUGGUAUUUCUGUGCAUCCUUAACAAUCCCAAAAAUGGCACACGUUUUUCCCGCGAACCUGCACAUCAUCAUCUUCUCUCUUUUGUGGCACCAAUGUGAGGGUUUAUUGCAAUAGUCUAGUGUGUGGUGUGGGAAUAAUGACAAGUGAACCUGGGAACUUUAGUGUUCACAUUGCCCUAAAAAAGGGAACCGGACAGUCGGAAUUCUAGCGAACCGAACUCAGACCACCUUUCGAGAUGGUCUCAGUUCGGUUCGCGUCAGGGACUCUUUUGAGGGGCCUGAGUUCCUUUGGAGUGUUCACACUGCACAAAAAAUGUAUUGAACUGCACUGAAUUUCUUUUUUUGCUGAAAGGGACCAAGUGUGAAAACAUCCUUAGGAGCUCUCAGUGCAAACCACACACACCAACCCUCUCCCCUCGAUGGAAACAUUUGUUUGAUCUCAUUAAGAGAUUUCCUCAUGGCUUUUGUCAUUGCGGCAGGGAUGAGGACCCCCUGUGUUGAUCUUUAACACCCUGUGGUAUUUACUGCACACGCACAAAUGUUUUAGAAAUGUUCAGAAUCCAUGAGGUUGAGUGUUUCUGUGUAAUUUUGUUUAUCCUGACACUCGUCCACAUUGAUCUUAGCUCGAGCACUGUUUAUCAGGAUGCAGCCAGGAUCCUUCUGAACAAGACCGCACAAAGAUCAGUGGUUCUCUCUGCAGCAACUUCCAGCCCUUUCCCUAUCUCUCUGAUUUUAUAAUCUCUCCUUUACGUCCCUAAUCUCAUUUGCAGGAUCAUCCAUGUUUUUGUUUUCUUGUGGCGGGGGGGGGGGUAUUUGUUCCUGAACAUUGUUUGUUGUCUUUUGGGGGUUUUUCACACACAGUUUUGAGCUAUAGUUUGUAUCAGAGUUUGAAUAUUUGUUACAUUGUAUUUUUUUCAUUUGGUCCGGUUGGUUUCACAUUACCAAAUGUCAAAUGAACUAAAACUCCUAAACAAAACCAUGUGUCCAUGCAAGUAAUUUGUUUAUUGGACAAAAAUGCGUUGUUUCGUGCGCUCCCGGGUGCGGAUAGUGUUCAAACUAGUCCAACCGAACUAAGGGGGUUGUUUGAAAUGGUUGUUUUAGGUUUCACUGGAACUGAAGAGUCUUUGUCUUACAUUUCAUAAUUGUUUAAUUUACAUCUUUACACUGAUGGUGCCUCAACGAGUCCUACGUUGUACAACUAAACACUUAGCUUUCUGUGUUACUACAGCAGAAACAGAGAACACCUGACUUCACUCAGAGUAGACUAAGAAUGGACCAUUUAAAAAGGAAACGUUUCUGUAUUAUUCAUGCUCUUCUAGCUGGAGUAGAAGGUAAACUGUCAACCUUUGUGGAACACAUUUUAGUGGAUUAUUGAAGUAGUGAGAAUUAAAAGAAGCAUUUCCUUUCUCAUGGACUGGACUGUGUUUGGCCUGAGAGAGACAUCAGUCAAGCAUGUUAAGUCAGUGGCGUGAUAAAGACACUACCAUGAAUACUACUCCUCCUCCUCUUCCUCCUACCCUACUCAUCACAGGGAUGACAGAACAGAAGAAAAAAAAUGGCACUUGAAAAAAAACCAUGAACCUAUUUGUUAUCUCUCUUCUUCCCUGUGCUCCGCUUUUACAGCAAGAUGUGGAGAAGUUUACAGACAUCGAGAAACUCUACCUCUACCUUAAGUUGCCUUCUGGUCCCAGCAACAGUGAAAAAAGGUAAUUGAUAAUUAUUUCAUUUGAUUGAACAGCGUUUGUUUUGUGUCAUGUCUGCAUGCAUGCAGUUCCAUGCCAUAUGCACAUGACUUAGCCGAAUGUUGAUGAUCUACCCCAUUAUCCAUUAGCCUAGUAGCAUAAUAUACAGUGCAUUCGGAAAGUAUUCAGACCCCUUGACUUUUCCCACAUUUUGUUAUGUUACAGCCUUAUUCUAAAAUUGAUUACAUUGAUUAAAACAAUCUACACACAAUACCCCAUAAUGACAAAGCAAAAACAGGAUUUUAGAAAUGUUUGCUAAUUUAUUACAAAUAAAAACGGAAAUAUAACAUUUACAUAAGUAUUCAGACCCUUUACUCAGUACUUUGUUGAAGCACCUUCGGCAGCGAUUACAGCCUCGAGUCUUAUUGGGUAUGACGCUACAAGUUUGGCACACCUGUAUUUGGGGAGUUUCUCCCAUUCUUCUCUGCAGAUCCUCUCAAACUCUGUCAGGUUGGAUGUGGAGCGUCGCUGCACAGCUAUUUUCAGGUCUCUCCAGAGAUGUUCGAUCGGGUUCAAGUCCGGGCUCUGGCUAGGCCACUCAAGGACAUUUAGAGACUUUUCCCGCAGCCACUGCUACAUUGUCUUGGCUGUGUGCUUAGGGUCGUUGUCCUGUUGGAAGGUGAACCUUCGCCCCAGUCUGAGGUCCUAAGCGCUCUGGAGCAGGUUUUCAUCAAGGAUCUCUCUGUACUUUGCUCCGUUCAUCUUUCCCUCGAUCCUGACUAGUCUCCUAGUCCUUGCCGCUGAAAAACAUCCCCACAGCAUGAUGCUGCCACCACCAUUAUUCACCAUAGGGAUGGUGCCAGGUUUCCUUCAGAUGUGACGCUUGGCAUUCAGGCCAAAGAGUUCAAUCUUGGUUUCAUCAGACCAGAGAAUCUUGUUUCUCAUGGUCUGAGAGUCCUUUAGGUGCCUUUUGGGCUGUCAUGUGCCUUUUACUGAGGAGUGGCUUCCGUCUGGCCACACUACCAUAAAGCCCUGAUUGGUGGAGUGCUGCAGAGAUGGUUGUCCUUCUGGAAGGUUCUCCCAUCUCCACAGAGGAACUCUGGAGCUCUGUCAGAGUGACCAUCGGGUUCUUGGUCACCUCCCUGACCAAGGCCCUUCUCCCCUGAUUGCUCAGUUUGGCCGGGCGGCCAGCUCUAGGAAGAGUCUUGGUGGUUGCAAACUUCUUCCAUUUAAGAAGGAUGGAAGCUGCUCUGCUCUUGGACCUUCAAUGCUGCCUAAAUGUUUUGGUACCCGUCCCCAGAUCUGUGCCUUGACACAAUCCUGUCUCGGAGCUCUACGGACAAUUCCUUCGACCUCAUGGCUUGGUUUUUGCUCUGACAUGCACUGUCAACUGUGGGACCUUAUAUAGACAGGUGUGUGCCUGUCGAUAUAUGAAUUUACCACAGGUGGACUCCAAUCAAGUUGUAGAAACAUCUCAAGGAUGAUCAAUGGAAACUGGAUGCACCUGAGCUCAAUGUCGAGUCUCAUAGCAAAGGGGUCUGAAUACUUAUGUAAAUAAGGUAUUUAUGUUUUUAUUUUUAAUACAUUAGCAAACAUUUCUAAAAAUCUGUUUUCACUUUGUCAUUAUGGGGUAUUGUGUGUAGAUUGAUGUUGUUAUUUAUUAAUUGAUUUUAGAAUAAGGCUGUAAUGUAACGAAAUGUGGAAAAAGUCAAGGGGUCUGUAUACUUUCCGAAUGCACUGUGGAUGUUCUGCACCCUAUACCAUCCCCACAUCUAUUACAAUGGCUGUCAACCUUAGCUUGGACUGUUUUUAUGUAAAACUCUGCUCAUUAUGUUAAACUCUCUCCCUUAGAGAGCAAAUAAGCUUUGGCAGUUUCUUUAAUCAUUGCAUUGAUUGAUUUGAUAUUGAUUUCCCACAUAGGACUACAACGUGUGUGUGUGUGUGUGUGUGUGUGUGUGUUCUGAUUGAAAGUCCUUACUUAAUAACUUGUUAAUAACGUCUUUCCUCAACCCUUCACAUUUUACCUUUUUGCAAAAUAUGUGUAAAUGUAUGUCUUGUAUUCUCUCUCGUGUAUAUUUGAUCUGUAACACACACACACACACACACACACACACACACACACGCUUAAUUCCAAAUCGACCGAAGCCCUUACUCCCUAGGAAUGUGUGUAGAUCUAAAAGGAUUGGAUAUGUAUUAGGCCUAAGGAAUACUGUUAUAGCUUUACCUUGCCUUCUGAUAGGCUAAGAGGAAUUUCCCUAUAUUACUUGAACUUAUCCAAUCCUCUCACAUCUACAAAAGUGUCCAGGGGCCCGGGAAGUGGCUUGAAGUUAGUUUAGGAUCAGGUGACACACACUGCUCAUUGAUGUUGUCAUUAUCAUACCUUGAUUGAAAAGCAAUGAUCAAUUCCUACUUGUUCUCCACAUCUAAUCCUCAUCACCUCCACCACCUCAACCCCCCAACACUGCACACGAUGCCCAUCAGGACUGAGAGAGGGUCUGCCAGUCCUGGAGAACUCUCAUGGUACAUAAACCUCUCUCACUUAAAACACAGAGACAUGGGGGGGAUUUGUGUUGGUUGGAUUUGAAAAAUGGGGCGGGAAAGGUAGAUUCGGCAGUCAUGUUUUUUUGUGAUUGUACUGUAAAUAACCUAUUUUCUCCUGCUUUCUCUAGCAGUGAUCAGAGCUCCAUGUCAUCAAGCCGCACUCAGCAGAUGCACGCGUUCAACUGGAUCCGCAAUCACCUAGAGGAACACCCAGAAACCUCUCUGCCCAAACAGGAGGUCUAUGACGAGUACAAGUGGGUAUCUGACUGUGAGAAAGGGGACAUAGGGAAGUGUGAAGCCAAGGGGACUUUGCCCAGCUCGGGUCAUUUUCAAAUCACUAGCACUGUUAAAUACAAACAGAAAACACUGUCAUCCUGUUUUGAUGUUCUGGAAACGGACACCACACCAAUUUAGAAACAUAUUGAUAGCACUGUGUACAGCUAUUAUAGGGUGUUUGGAAUACCUGACAGGUUAAAUUCCAUACCAGGUGGAAAUGGAUGGAUUUACUUUUGAAUUUGAUUUCCAUGAACACUUGACUUCUAAGAGGUUUCACAAGAACAAGGUACACAUUUGUAUGACCGUUUUAUUUUAUGACGUGAGAUGCAUGUUAUGAAAGUACAUAGCAUUUGGCAUUAAGCACUGUUACUAAAGAAAUUAUCCUUUACCGUACACUGCCAGCUAUGAAGGAUCUACAUACUGCCAGCCAAAGCACCAAUAUAGAUAGAUGUAGAAAGCAUGGGAAAAGAUGUGCACCAUGUGUUGGUAACACUAGAACGGAAAGUCUGAAACAGUCAUUGAAAUGCUAUGUGACUGUUACGUAGCACACAGUUUGACGUCCUCAUUCAUUGCAAAUGAAAGUACUAAUAAUGGUUCUGAUUUCUUUGGGAACGUCUUCACCCAGAUGUCACUGUUUUUAUGUGACUCUUUAUUUGAUACUGUCUUUAUUUGAUAUUUAACAUUGUUUAUUUGGUUUUACUGAGAUUUCCAAUGCCUUGUUUAUCUGAACUUUACUUCCCCUGACGAACAAAUGUUUACUCUCUGUUUGUCUGUCUGUCUGUUUCAGGAGCUAUUGUGACAAUCUCUGCUACCACCCACUGAGUGCGGCGGACUUUGGAAAGAUCAUGAAAAAUGUAUUUCCAAACAUGAAGGCACGUCGACUUGGCAUGAGAGGCAAAAUCAAAAUAUCCUUCACUGGAAUGGUUUGUAGCGAACAAUCUGGCCUCUCUGGACUCUGGUCGCAGAACAUCUGUUGUCUCAGUUCAUGGAGACUCUAAAUAUAGAACUGAAAUUAAAUCAAAUAAAGCGGCCUCUGCCUGGAGAGCAGUAGAGUAGGACAGAGACACUUAGGGGAAUCACUGUGUACUUGACCUUCAGGAAACAAUUUGUGAAAUGUCUUUUCAAUGUCUUUUCCAUGAGAUCACGACUCUAGACUUGGCAAAGCUACAGUCUCCAAUGAGAUUAGUGUCCGUUAAAUUAGUAUAGUGACAAAUGAGUUUAUUCUUAUUUUGUUGAGGUGGAGUUAAAAAAAAAAAAAGUAUAAUAUACAUUUACAUUUUAGUCAUUUAGCAGACGCUCUUAUCCAGAGCGACUUAGUUAGUGAGUGCAUACAUUUUAUAUACUUAUACUUGCAUAUGCAUGCACUUUUUAUUUUCAAUGCGGAGCCUUUCUGAAAUAGACCUUGUUUUUAUAUGGCGGUUGCAAUAGCAACUGAAACUCAAUAUGAGCGCCCAAGUCAAAUCAGACCAAGUCAGAACAUCUUGAGCUGUGGCUUGCUUAGUAAUCUAUAUCUCUCUUUUUAAAAUGAACUAUUUUCUGUUUCCAAAUGUAAUACACACUCUACGAAGGUACAAGUUAAUUCAAGAUCACACUCUUGGACCUAUUUGUCUAUAUUUUAUUAUUUGUUUUGUGUGAGAGAAAGUGAGUCAUUCAUAACUGUGCUAUAACUCUGAGUAGCUCUUUGCCUGGUUGCGUGAGACACCUCCUAAGUGUCUGGAAGUGUUCAGCAGGGAGCACCUGCUGUCACCCUCUCACACCAGCGUCUGAUAAAAGGCUAGCUCUCACCACAAAUCCACACCGCCUUAUUUUGGGCAGUGGGGUUGGUCACAGCAUGAAAGGUUGGAGGGGGAAGAGAAGGUUCAGUGGGAGUGUGAGAGGCCUGAGGGGCUAAGGGAUUAGUAGUGGAGUGACUAGAAACUGAUGCUGGCUGGGAGAUAGCUGUUUUCAGCUUCGGGUGAGAAGGCUCUUCCUCAGAUCCGUCUGUGGGUGACAACUGACCUUCUGCCCUGAGGCACGUUUCUUACCCUAUCCUGUGGGGCAAUCCCAGUCUCUCAGUGCUAGAAUGGUCCCUGAAGCACUAAUGCCCUGCUCUUUACAGACAAACAACCAACACAUUUUAGCACAUCCAUAAAUUAACUCUUAAAUGUUUGACCUUUCAGUGUUUUUGACCUUAACCCCUGCUCACAUACUGCUAUAGUGGACUGAGGAAGAAAGCCUUUGUCCACAUGCCAUCUUUACCCAACCUGGAGUUACAUAAAACAGGGGACGGGGUAAGUUAUCUGUACGCCUUCCUCUCUCAAGGUCUUUACCUUACUUAAAUAGAUUUUCAAGAAAAUAAAUAAAUAAGCAUGAAAGGUUUGCCUAACUGUAGUCCAACCAUAACAUAACUUUAUUUAAUGUAAUGUGUUAAAUGACCACAUUUUGAGGCUUCAUAUUGAACUGAAAAUGAUACAGGGAUAUAUACGACUAUAAUUCCUAAUACCUGUACAUGUGUCUGUGUUGUGCUUCAGUGUGAGGUGCUGGAGCCCUCAGGUCAGCUGUGCAGUGCGGAGGAGGAGGUGCGCUCUGCGGCCUGUGGCCUGGUGUGUGAAUGGGCCCAGAAGGUGCUGAGCCGCCAGUUUGAUGCUGUGGAGGACCUGGCUCGCUUCCUCCUCAACAGCCACUACAUCGGCACCAAAUCUGUGGCAGCCCUCACGGUCAUGACUGGUACACCAACAGGUGACAAUACAGUGCAUUCAGAAAGUAUUCAGACCCCUUGACCUUUUCCACAUUUUGUUACGUUACAGCCUUAUUUUGAAAUUGAUUAAAUGUUUUUCCCCCCCUCAUCAAUCUACACACACUACCCCAUAAUGACAAAGCAAAAACGGGUUUUUAGACAUUUUGCAAAUGUAUUAAAAUUAAAAAACGGGUAUCACAUUUUACAUAAGUAUUCAAACCCUUUACUUAGUACUUUGUUGAAGCAUCUUUUUCAGCGAUUACAGCCUUGAGUCUUCCUGGGUAUGACUCUACAAGCUUGGCACACCUGUAUUUGGGGAGUUUCUCCCAUUCUUCUCUGCAGAGCCUCUCAAGCUCUGUCAGGUUGGAUGGGGAGCGUCGCUGCAAAGCUAUUUUCAGGUCUCUCCAGAUAUGUUAGAUCGGUUUCAAGUCCGGGCUCUGGCUGGGCCACUCAAGGACAUUCAGAGACUUGUCCCGAAGCCACUCCUGCGUUGUCUUGACUGUGUGCUUAGUGUUGUUGUCCUGUUGGAAGGUGAACCUUCGCCCCAGUCUGAAGUCCUGAGCGCUCUGGAGCAGGUUUUCAUCAAGGAUCUCUCUGUACUUUGCUCCGUUCAUCUUUCCCUCGAUCCUGACUAGUCUCCCAGUCCCUGCCGCUGAUAAACAUCCCCACAGCAUGAUGCUGCCACCACCAUGAUUCACCGUAAGGAUGGUGCCAGGUUUUCCUCCAGGCAUGACGCUUGGCAUUUAGGCCAAAGUGUUCAAUCUUGGUUUCAUCAGACCAGAGAAUCUUGUUUCUCAUGGUCUGAGAGUCCUUUAGGUGCCUUUUGGCAAAACUCCAAGCGGGCUGUCAUGUUCCUUUUACUGAGGAGUGGCUUCCGUCUGGCCACUCUACCAUAAAGGCCUGAUUGGUGGAGUGCUACAGAGAUUGCUGUCCUUCUGGAAGGUUCUCCCAUCUCCACAGAGGAACUCUGGAGCUCUUUCAUUGACCAUCGGGUUCUUGGUCACCUCCCUGACCAAGGCCCUUCUCCCCCGAUUGCUCAGUUUGGCCGGGCGGACAGCUCUAGGAAGAGUCUUGGUGGUUCUAAACUUCUUCCAUUUAAGAAUGAUGGAGGCCACUGUGUUCUUGGGGACCUUCAAUGCUGCAGAAAUUUUUUUGUACCCUUCCCCAGAUCUGUGUCUUGACACAAUCCUGUCUCUGAGCUCUACGGACAAUUCCUUCGACCUCAUGGCUUGGUUUUUGCUCUGACAUGCACUGUCAACUGUGGGACCUUAUAUAGACAGGUGUGUGCCUUUCCAAAUCACGUCCAAUCAAUUUAAUUUCCCCCAGGUGGACUCCAAUCAAGUUGUAGAAACAUCUCAAGGAUGAUCAAUGGAAACAGGAUGCACCUGAGCUCAAUUUCGAGUCUCAUAGCAAAGGGUCUGAAUACUUAUGUAAAUAAGGUAUUUCUGUUUUUUAUUAUUUUUAAUACAUUUGCAAAACCAGUUUUUGCUUUGUCAUUGUGUAGAUUGAUGAGGAUUUUUUUUUAUUUAAUCCAUUUUAGAAUAAGGCUGUAACAAAAUGUGGAAAAAGUCAAGGCGUCUGAAUACUGUCCGAAUGCACUGUAUGUGUUGAUAGUCAAACUUCAGUCUCAUGUAUGAUGAACAGUGAAAGGUUUCCAUCUAGUGGCAGCUUCUUCUCAAUGACCAGCUUUAGUGCAUUUACAUACCACCUCCUGUCAGUCCCUAAAAGCCAUCACACUAGGCAUAGACGUCAAUUCAACAUCUAUUCCACAUUGGUUCAUCGUUAUUUCAUUGAAAUGAUGUGAAAACAAUGUUUAUUCAAGCAGUGUGUGCCCAGUGGGAUUGUUAUGCUUUCUGCAAAAUAGAAGCUGCUCUGCCUAGGAGGACCAUGGCAAUUUGUUUACCCAAAACAUGUGUUAACCUGUUUCGGUCUUCCUCUGUCUCCUCCCUUUAGGAGUUAAAACGCCGCUGCAAUCCUCAGCAUUCGCCCCCACAGCUGAAGCCCACUCCUUCCAGCCCCAAGUGAAGACCCUGCCCUCUCCCUCCAUCGAUGCCAAGCAGCAGCUCCAGCGGAAGAUCCAGAAGAAGCAGCAGGAGCAGAUGCUGCACUCCCCCCUCCCCGGAGAGGCUCAGGCCAGGCGGGCUGACGUGGGCACGCCUGGGGUUGGCUCCAUUACCUGUAGAAGCCCAGCCCUGCUCUCCCCACAUCCCACCAUUGGCAUUGUGGUAGCUGCAGUCCCCAGCCCCAUCACGGUAAGCUAAGCUUGUAUUCUACUUCUGUGUUUGUCUAAGCUUACUGUAUAUAUCCCACUGUCUUUGCAAUGUUCCUGUUACUCGUCUAUACAAGCGAUAACUUUGUGUUGCCUAUAUCACAUGUGCAACAGAAGCUAUUCAUAACUUUUACAUCUUGAUAAUACUUUUUUGUGUCUUGUUUUGCUUUGCUGUAUAUGCAGGUACAGAGGAGCAGGCAGCUGAUGUCCCCCAGUCCUGUGGGAACAUCGGAGGGCAAGAUUCUGCCUGUCAACUUCCAGGUGGUGACCCAGUCAAUGCAGCCUGUCAAGUGUCCCAAGACCCCUCAGAACAUUUCAGCCAGCCCUGUCGGGGACCGCUCUGCCCGACACCGCUAUGCCCAGAUCCUGCCUAAACCCUCAGCUACCAGCGCCAUCACCCUGAGCUCGCCCCCCACCCUGCUCAUCACCAACAGCCCCAUCAAGACGGUGAUGCAGCCCACGCCCCACGUCACCUCUGUCAACGUGGUCAAGAUGACCACCAUAUCCCUGGCUCCCAACUGCAGCACUACAACCACCCUAACCAACACCACCUUACGGCCUGCCUCUGCUGGCAUGGGCAGCACUGUGGCCCUGGAGGAGAGCAGGCCCAGCCCACGGGCCAGGAGUGGCUCUGCAGCCCCCAUCCUGUCCCCCUUAGCCAGGUCAGGCCGGGCCACCACCACCCCUACCAUCGACAUCAAGAUGAUGGAGGGUGAAGCCAUAAGUGAGGGCAGCCCGGCCCUGGUUGCUAGCCGGCUUACUAUGACUGAGGAAGCUGCAGGGGGCCAGAGGGCUGGAGGGGCUGUACCAAGGGCUGCCAGUGUGCCCACACCUCACACUAAAGGCUCCCUGGGACUGGAGGCAAUGGCUGGAACCAAAUGCAACGGAAAGUCCUCUUUGAGCAACAACACUGUGGCAGCUACAGCUGGUAGCAAUAACACCAAUAACGAAAGCACUUUGUAUUUGACGGUCUCCAAUCAGAAUAUCAGCACCACUCUGUCACCCAAUGGCGGCACUGUUGCCACAUCACUCAUCGCCUCCAAGAGCCCCAGGAAGCGCCCAGGCGUCGGCCCAGAGUCUUAUCCCACGCCUGUCAAAAGGGUUUUCAUCUCCCAGCAGCCUGUUGGGGGCUCCGAUGGUUACAGACAUGGGAUUGGUGCAGGAGUGAAGAAACUCCCCAGGGCAGGAACCCCGGUCAGACCUGAAAGUGCACCAGCCAUCGGCAAAGUUACUGUGAAACUGAACUCCACUGUCCCAACUCGAAUCUUGUCACUCUCUGAUUCCCCCAUCGGAAUCAGAGGCUUCCAGACUGUUGUCAAACCACAGAGCUCCGUGCAGAGAAGAAACACUCCGACCACCAUGGACACUAGCAGCAUCGGCAACGUUAGUGCCCCAGCUGGUCAUGCACGAAUUCAGCACCAGCAGCACAUGACGGGUAACAUGCAAGCCAUGCCCAACAACUCUGCCCUACUGGAGCAGUCUGCUGUGAGUGACCUGAGGAACACCAUGUGGGCUGGGGACCAGCUGGAGGGAGGUAAGCAACAGCAGCAGGCCUACGCCCAGCAGAUCACAGAGCACAAGCAGGCAUCCACCCCGAUCAUGGAGCCCCUGGCCAUGAUGGGCCAGGCCCCAGCCUCUAGCCAGGUCUCCAUGCAGACAGACAUGGACUACUUCCACUUCAAUGAUGACGAUAUGACCCAGGACAGCAUUGUAGAGGAGCUGGUGCAGAUGGAGGAGCAGAUGAAGCUCAACAGCAGUCUGCAGGCCUUCGGAGCUGACGUGACGCUGCAAGGCCAUCAGUCUAUAAUGCAGGGCAACAUGAUGUCGUCCAACCAGACAGUGACCUCUUACUACCAAUCAGUACACAGCAGCACCACCCCCAUCCACACCCCCACCCCUACCCCAACUCCCACAUCCACCUCUGAGAUGAUGGGAGGAGGCCAGGGCCUGACCAGGGAGAGCCCCUGCUCCCGCAUAGCCCCCACCACCCCGGUGGACAGUGCCCUGGGGAGCAGCCGACACACCCCCAUCGGCACUCCACACUCCAACUGCAGCGGCAGCGUGCCCCCCAGCCCUGUGGAGUGCAGGAACCCCUUUGCCUUCACGCCCAUUAACUCCAGCAUUACAGGCUACCACGACGGCAGCCUCGUCUCCAGCAGCCCCGUCAAGCCCAUGCAGAGGCCCAUGGCUACUCACCCAGACAAGGCUAAACUGGAGUGGAUGAACAAUGGUUACAACAACAGCGGGGGGAACUCCAUCAACGGCAUCAGUAUCCUCCCCAGCUAUCAGGACCUGGUCGACGACCACUUCCGAAAGCCCCAUGCCUUCGCCAUCCCUGGCCAGUCCUAUCAGUCUCAGACGAGGCACCAUGAUGGACACUACGGCCGUCUGACACCCAUCUCUCCGGUGCAGCAGCAGCAGGCAGCCACUAUGGCCAACCUGAACAAGCAGGAGGGCUUUGCUGUGCCCGCCCCUCUGGACAACAAGGCCACCAGCACAUCCUCAGCAGGCGGGACCUUCCGCUGUCGUAGUGUGAGCCCUGCCGUGCGCCAGCGAAACCUGAGUGGCAACCACGGCCUGCAGAACAUCCCCCGAACAGUGGUGUCCCCCUUCACCUCCCCUGUGACCCCCGAGAUGAUCAACAUCAUCGCCAACAGCCAUGGGGACGUUAGUGUCAGCAGCAUGGCACAGAGGAGCCAGUCUGUGCCUGUCAACGUGAUGAUGCAGAUGGAGGUACUGCCCAUGCAGGGCCAGAACAACAGCAAAAAGAUCACCAACGUGCUCCUGAGCAAGAUGGACGGGGACAGUGACGACGCGGUGCGGGGCCUUGGCAUCAACAACCUGCCGUCCAACUACACAGCCCGCAUGAACCUCACCCAGAUCUUGGAGACCACGCCCAGCUUCCCCAGCAGUGCCAACCACCAGACUCUGACUUCCAAUGCUCAGAAUGCGUACGAAUUUCAGAAGCCCGGUUACCUCAUGAAGAACUCAAGGAACGAACAGAUGAUUCUCUCAGCAGGUGACAGCCAAGCACAAUCAGCUCCUGGAGAACAGCAGCAGCUACAAGAGCAGCAGCAGCAGCAGAGCCAGCCUAUGCUGCUGGCCCAGAACCUUCAGCAGCAGCAGCAACAACAACAACAACAACAACAACAACAGCAGCAGCUAGAUUUCAGCACCACCGUUAAAGACCUCUUAGCGGACGGCAGCCUUACUCCUGGCAAUCAGCUCGUGGGACAGGUGUCAGAACUCAACGCUGUGGGGUCUGAUUUUCGACUGACCUCUGACCUUUCCAGUAGCAUCAAUGACCUGAACAAUUUGGACACAAACCUUCUGUUUGACCCCAAUCAGCAGCAGGGACAAUAUGAAGACUCUACACUGGAGGAACUGAAGAAUGAUCCGCUGUUCCAGCAGAUUUGCGGCGAGACUGCAAAUUCCAAUGGAUUUGAUUGGCUGGAAAGUAAAGACCAGCCCACAGUCGGGUUAAUGGGUUAA